AUGGAGAAGAAUGAAGAAGAAAAUAUUAUAAACUUGUUAAUUAGUUUUGCAGAUAAAUAUUUAAAGAACAAAGAUAUAAGAAAUGAAAACAGUAGAAUUAUUAAAGAUAUGUUUUAUUCUAUCAUAUUAGUUUUAAUAAACAAUGUUGAUAAAUAUAAUUUAGCAAACUGUAUUAAUAAUUAUAUAAUAAAUGAAUUAGAGAAUAUAUCAAUUGAAUCUGUUCAAAAUUUGUCAAAAAAAAAUAAUAAAAAUAAAAAAAAUAAUGAAAAUAGUGAAAUAUAUAAAAGAAUAAAUAUAUUUAUUAUUUUUUUAGAAUGCUUAUUUAUUAAAUUUUAUAAUAUCAACUUUUUAAACUUAAACAUAUCAUGGAUCUAUAAAUUUAUUUAUCAUAAAGAAGACCUCAAUUUUUCAUCUCUUUUGAACAUUUUAAAAACAAUAUUACUGUUUAUAGAAAAAGAAGAGAACCAAGAAAAGGGAGAAAACGAAGAAAACGAAGAAAACGAAGAAAAACAAGAUGUUACAUUAUUGGACCAAAAUGUGAGUAAUAUUCAAUUUGAGGAAAAAAAAAAAAAAAAAUUUUGUGUCAUAUAUAUUUUAUUAAGUCGUAUAAAAACAGAAAUAAAAAAUAAUGUUAAAGAAAUAAAGGACAAUUAUUUAUUUUACAAAAAUAAAAUAAAUGAAUUAGGAGUUGUACAGAAAAAUUCUAGUAAUUUAUAUGACCCUUUGUGUGAAAAUCAGAAUCAUAAUGAAAAAGAAAAAUUGUGUAAAAAUCAGGGUCGCAUAAAUAUUAUAAAUAACAUAUCUUUAUGUUUUAAGGAUACAUGUGAAUUAUUUAUUAAUAUAAUAGAGAAUAAAACAGAGACAUAUCAAUGUAGUAUUGAAUUGGAAAACGAAAUAAAAGAAAUAGGAAAAGAGAUAAUGCUUCUAACACCAUUUAUUAAUGAUAAUGAUAUAAGAAAUUAUAUGAUAAAUACAUUUUUUUUUACAAUUAAAAGAUAUAUAUUUAACAAAAAGGAAUAUGAAGAAUUAUGUCUGAUAGUUAUUAAUGUGAUGUAUUCGUUCAUAAAAAAUGAUGCUACAUCUGAAGCUAAUUCGAGUCAUCAUUUUAAUAAAAAAAAGGAUCUUAUUAUAAGCAAUUGUGAUGGGACCGAAAAUGAACAGUAUGAUGAGGAAUACAUUUUAUACGUAUAUAAAGAAAUAAACUCAAAUUUUUAUACAUCUAAUAAUAAUGAUGUUGUGUCAAAUGGGGUAGUUAAGAAUCUAAAAAAAGAUGAACCCAUAGAUAAAAAUUAUCUGAACAGUGUAUAUAAUUUUCUUGUUAUAAAUAUAGAUGAUUUAUAUAAUAUUGAAUUUGUAAAAUAUGCAUUUAUUGAUGAUGUAAGAUAUUAUUUGUUAUUAUAUAGUGAAGCAUAUAAAGAUGAAUGGGUAUUAAAAAAAAUAAUAUAUAUAUUUAACAAAAUAAUAAAUAUAUAUAAAGAUACAAAUAUGGAUGAUUUUAGAAACGGUUCUACUUUUAUAGAAGCAUGGGAAACUUUUGAAUGUAUAUUAAAAUGUAUUGAAAAUUUUUCUAUACAUUUAUUAAAAACAAAUUGGAAAAAAGUUAUUUAUUUAAUAAAUAUGGGAGAUCAGAUAAGAAAAAAAUAUCAACUAUUUUGUAACUCACAAUUUAAAGAAAGUAAAAAUGUUAAAAAAAUAAAAAAUUUAACAAAUUUAACAAAUUUUGAAAACGAAAAAAAUGUAAAACAUUACGAUUGUAGUAGCAAACAAAAUGUGGGUUCUAAUUUAUUAUCAUCUGAUCUGAAUAAUUUUCAAAAACAUAAUUUCCUGUUUUAUGAUAGUCACGAUUAUAAUGUUUUUAAUUUUUGUGUAAAAAAAAAAAAAAAAAAUAAACAAACGAUAUUUACAUCAUUUGGUAAUUAUUCAGAUUAUAUAAUAUUAGUAUUGAUUGAAUAUUUAAUUUGGAAAUUAUUGAUACAUGAUAAUAAUACUGUAACUCGUUUUUCUUUGUGUGCAUUAAUAGAAAAAAAAGAAGAUUACACAAAAAAAGAUAAUGCACAAAACAUGGAAUAUAGUGAUGAGAGUGUUGAAAAAAAGAGUGAAGAAAUUUAUGGAGUCGAAAUAAAUACACUAAUCAACAGUAUAAACGAUAUAUUUUUUUUUAACAUAUUUUUCCCAGAAUGUGUAAAACCCACAUUAUUUAUCAAAGGUGAUAUUCCUUUUUAUGAAUUUCGAAUUAAAAAUUUAAUAGUUUCUAAAAUAUUAAAUAGAAAAAAUUCGAUUGAAUAUAUCCAAAAUUUUAUUAUCGCGUUAAAUAAAAUUAAUUUGUUUUAUGCCAAUGCCAGGAUAAUACUUGAAGCGAUCAUUCAAGCUAUCAACAUAAUUGAAAGUUCUAAUAGUGAUCAUCUUUUUUUGAAAGCUUUUGAUAAAAAGGUAAGCGGCGCCAACGAAUGUGUAGCGAUGGAAAACGAAUGCAUAGAGAUGGAAAACGAAUGUGUAGAGAUGGAAAACGAAUGUGUAGAGAUGGAAAACGCCAUGAAUAAAAUAAUUUUAAAUGUCAUUAAUAAAAUAAAAAAUGUGUCUAUAAGUAGAAGAAAAGACUUGCAAAUAUUUGUUUUAAAAAUUGUUAUAAAAAUGAAUGAAAGUUUAAAUUUAUUUAAUACUAUAAAAAGUUAUUCCUCAUUUUUGCAAAUUUUUGAAGAAGACUUUUUUUUUCAUGCUUUGGAAUAUUUCGAAAUUUUAACAAAUAAAAAAAUUAAUUUUGUUAAUACUUUAGACAGUAAUUUUACAAAUUUACCUGAACAAGUCAGGUCAUAUAUUUGGCUAGAAAAUAAUGGAAAUAUUUUUUUGAACAAUUUUAUUGAAAAAUUUAAUAAAAUAAUUGAUUUAAAUCAAUAUAUGUAUUUUUAUGGAUAUUUGAGGUUAUUUUAUUUAUUGUUACACAUAACAAUAAAAAGAAAUAAAAAAAUGGAUGAGAAUUAUAAAAAUAUUAUUUUACGAAUUCGAAAAGAUGAUAAUUUUUAUUUAAUUUAUCAUUUAGUUUUAUACUUUUUUAAAAACAAUUUAAGUCAUAUAUUUUUAAAAAAUGAUAUUAAACAAAUUUUAGUUAAAAAUAUUGAAAAUUUAAGAAAUUUUAUUCAAGGUAAUGUAUAUGAGAAAAAAGAAAAUUUGUUGUUUCCUUGUCAAAAUGAAAAAUUAAAUGAACAUAUUUUCAAUAAUUCUGAACGUUCAGAAAUUAUUACAACAUUUUCUGAACAUUGUUUUGAUUAUAAAAUGGUGAGAAAAUUGUUUAUAUUUACAGAUAUUGUAGAAUAUUGUGGAGAUAUAACUGCAUAUUUUUUGAAUAAUAAAAUAAAUUAUUAUAACACGUCUUAUUCAUAUAAAGAGAAAAAUAUGGAUACAUUUGAUCUCGAAAAGUCGCUUAUAAUACAUGAUAGUGCACCUGAAGAAACGGAUAUUGAUGUGUGUCGAGAUAGUAAAAAUUUGUAUAUAGAAUGUGUUAAUUUUUUGAAAAAUUUUACUCAAACAAAUAUUAAAAAUAAAGAUGAUGAGAAUUAUAACAAUUUGAGGAUGAUAUUGGCACUUGCAUAUGUUUCUAAUACAUGUACAAUUUUUGGAAAAAUAAAAGAUGAAGAAAAAUUAAAUAAAAAAAUUUUGUUAAUGCAAAUGAAAAAUAUAUAUAACGAUAGUUCAAAUAUGUCAAAAGACGCACACAUACCAGUAGGAAAUAGUGAUAUAAUUAAUAAUCUAUGUGGAGAUGGAAAUUAUUUUUGCAAAAAUUUCAAUUUUUAUAGAUAUAAAUAUUUAUAUAAAUAUUUUUCUGCACACAAUACUUUUAAUGAAUAUAAAUUUGAUAAUAAAAUAAAAUUUUCAGAAACUAUAGUUAAUGAUAUUGAAGUUAGUAAAGAGGAGUUGGUCUAUGUCUAUUUUAUUAUAAAACAAUAUAUAAUACCUUGUAUUUUUUCUGACCAUAAAAAAAAUAAAAAAAAUGACACAAAAAAUGAUAUAUAUAACGAUAUGGAUAACGAUAUGGAUAACGAUAUGGAUAACGAUAUGGAUAACGAUAUGGAUGGUUCUAUAAUAAAAUUUAGAAUAAAAUUCUUGGACCUUUUAAUAAAACAAAGCAAAAUGUUGAUAGACAGAUUUGCUGAUUAUAAAUUUCCAACACAUUUGCUUGAGCUAGCUUUUCUCACUUUAUUUCAUCCUUUAAUUGUAAAAUUCGAAAUUGAAUUAUAUAGUAAUGAGAAUUAUAAAACAAUUGAUGAUAUAAAAGAAGAUGGAUAUAUAUCUUAUAAAUUAUUAAUUUUUGUAAAAAACAUUUUAAAAAUUGGCCAAACUAAAUUAUCUAUAUGUAGAAGUGUUAUUAUUCCAUUUUUAACUUCCUAUUUUUUUAGUAUAAUUGAAUAUGGAAAUGUUGUAAUAAAUAUAAGUAAUGAAUAUUUAGAUAAGUUUGUGGAAAUUAUUGUUGAUAUUCUUAUGCAUAAAGAAUAUGUAUUAUAUGAUUGUCAAAAAAGUUUUACUAAUGAUUUAUUUAAAAUAAAAAAAGGAAAUUUAAAAUUUAAUAAUUUUAUUAAUGAAAAUAUUUGUUCAUAUUUUUUAAACAAAAUAGAAAAUAACCAACAAAUUAUAUUCCCUUCAAAAUUUUUUGAAAUAUAUCAUUCAUCUAUUUUUUUAAGAUUAUUAACAUUAAUAUUUUUAAUAAAUCUAUUUAAAAUUUUAGAAUGUAAAUAUAUUUCCGUAACUAAAAUAGGGAUACACAAUAAAGCUGACCACACUUCAAAUGGUGAGACAGAUUUUGCAGGGGCGGAAAAAUUAGGAGGAAAACCAUGGUGUAAACAAACGAGGGAAGGAAAAGACGAAUUUUAUAAAAAAAGAAAUGUAAUAUUGUGCAUGUAUGAAAAGCUUAUUGUUCAUAUUUUAAAAAGGGUUGAUAACAAAAAUGUGGCUCGCGAAAGCUUAAAAAGUAAAUGCAAUGAGCAAAAAAAUGACAGAAAAAAUGACAAAAAAAAUGACAGAAAAAAUGACAGAAAAAAUGACAGAAAAAAUGGGCAAAAUAUGACCCCAUUACCCUUUUCGCAUGGCCAUAAUAUUCAAAUAAGAGGAUUACAAGCAUUAUGUAUACUUUCAAAAUAUUUUAAAUAUAUAAAAAAAGGAAAAAGGAAAAAUAUUAUUUUUUAUGUUAAUACACUUUUACAAUAUGAUAAUCUUAGUACAACCCGUCAAUAUUUAGAAUUGUUUUGUUCAUCUAUUUGUAAUUCUUCUUUUAUUUUAUUAUAUCCUCAUCUAAUUAAAAAUAUAUUAAAAAAUGAUGGUGAGAAUGCACAAUUAACUAUUAGCUCUUUAAUUAUAUCUGCACAUAUUUUUUUAAAAUCAAAAUUUAGUUACUAUUCUUUUGUAAAACUUAAUUAUAAUUCAUUUUCUGGAUUAACAGUUGAUCAAAAAAAAUAUUCCACAAAUAUUUUUGUAAAAAAAGAAAAAAAAAAAAAAAAUGUUAAAGGAGUACAAAAAUCAAAAGGAAAAAAAAUCAAAAAUAUUAUUAGGCAAAUUUUAGAAAAAAGUGAAAAAAACGAAAUUGGCAAAGAUGUAGAUAAAGCAAUUGAAAAUAUAAAUAAAAAAAAAAAUCAAUAUGGAAAAAAAUGGAAACUAAAUGAAAAAGGUAAUGAUAAACAAAUAGGAAAAAAUAGAAAGAAAUGUCAUAAUUAUCAAAAGGAAGAUAAUAAAUUAUAUGAAUAUGAAUCUAAAGGAGAAUCAAAUUUUGAAAGAAAUAAAAAUGGUAUUCCUAUAAAAGGUGAUAAUAAUGCUUAUGAAAUAGAAGAUAAAAUAUGGGAUACAGAAAAUAUAACUAGUCAAGACAAUCCCCAAAAUGGCUAUUUUUAUUCACCAUAUAUUUCCAAAAUAUUAACAAAAUUAUUGUUAAAAAUAGUAAUAUUAUGUUCUUCUCACUCAGCUUUAAUUAGAAGCAUUUCACAAUAUAUAUUAUAUAAUUUUUUAAAAAAAAGAAAAGAAAUGUUAUUAACUCCAUUUUUAUCAAAAAUAUAUUUAUUUAUUAAAAAUAAUAAAGAUUGUAAAAGAAUAAGAGAAAAAUUAAAAAAAGAAUUUAUAAAUUGGGAUACUUCAAUUAUCGAAAAAAAUAAUAAUAUAUGUAUGCUAUUACCAACUUAUAAUCAUUCAUUUAAUUUUUUUGAUGAAGAUAUUAAUUGUGAAAAUACAAACACAUUUACACACAUUUUAUAUAAUAACGAAUUGGUGACUUCCUAUACAUUUAUAGAUAGUAUUAAAAAAAUUGUUCAACAAGAGAUGACUUCUAUAAUGUAUAAUAUACAAUUAGAAAAAGAGAAAAAAGAUGGAAUUUCUAUUUAUAAAUAUAAUAAUGAACAAAAAUUGUUAACCUUAAAUCAGUUUUAUCAUGGUCAGGAUGCAGAUGAAAUAUCUUCUACAAUCAAUGAUAAGAGAGAUACAAAAAUUUUAGCUAGCGAAAAUGGACAAGAAAAAAAAAAAAAAACAACUAGCCAAAUAAUUAAUGGAGAAACAUGUUUUAAUAAAAAUAGUGAAAAUAUUGAUUAUGAUAAAAACUUUGAAAACUUUUUAAAACAAACCCAAAAAAAUUAUCAAAAAAAAUUCGAUCCAAUCAAUAAUAUAAUAGAAAUUAAUAAUGAAUUUCGAAAAAAAUAUCAAUUUAGAAAAAAAAAUAAUUUAAUUGUCAUUGCUUCCUUAAUUGACAAAGUCCCAAAUUUAGCUGGCUUGUGCAGGACAUGUGAAAUUUUUAAUGUUAAAAAAUUAUUGCUUAGCAAUAUAAAUAUUGUUAAAGAUUUUCAAUUUCAAAAAAUUUCUUCUACUGCUAAUAAAUGGAUGAAUAUACAAGAGUUAAAAAAAAACGAUAUUAUAAAAUAUUUAAUCAAAAAAAAAAAGAAAUAUUCUAUUAUUGGCUUAGAACAAACAAAUGAUAGUAAACAAUUAAACGAUUUUAUUUUCCCAGAAAAUUGUAUAUUAAUAUUGGGAGAUGAAAAAGAAGGAUUACCAUCUUCCAUUCUUUUGCUUUUACACCAUUGCGUUGAAAUACCUGGACAUGGAAUUAUUAGAUCUUUGAAUGUUCAUGUUUCUGCAGCUAUUACUAUUUAUGAAUAUUUCAAGCAACAUCUUUAA